AUGGAACUUGCUGGGAGGUGCUCCAGUGCCUGGAGCCCAAAUGUGAUCACCACACUGGUGGAACACUCCUUUAAUUAUCUGGAGAUCCAGGGAAUUGCUUGCAACAAGCCAACACAGCUGUCCAUAGAGUAUGAGCGUGGCUCCUUCUCGCUGAAGCUGCCCUCCACAGACGAGGUAAAUGAGGUGGUGGCUCACAUAGGAAACUGUAUGCUGAGGAUAUGUCCCGGUCUACCCCCAAGUAAAGUAAUGAAGAAACUUUGCAUGGAGCCUCCAGACAGGCUGUCUUCUCUGCAGACUUUGUGGGAGAACAACAAACCUGCUGAGCCUGGACCCUGUGGUGGGUUUUCUCAGAUGUACAGAUGUGUUUGUGACUGGUUGGGGAUGCCUUACAGAGAAGAGGUCCAGUGGGAUGUAGACACUAUCUAUUUAACACAAGACACCAGAGAACUUAACUUGCAGGACUUCAGCCAUUUGGACAACAGGGAUCUGGUAGCUAUAAUAGCAGUCCUGGAGUUUAACCAGUGGUUCACCAAGCUCUCUACUAAGGAUUACAAACUGUCUGCAGAUGUUUGCGAGCAGAUCCUUCGGGUGGUGUCUCGAUCCAGUCGACUUGAAGAGUUGGUCCUGGACAAUGCAGGACUCAAAACCGAUUUUGCCCAGAAGCUUGCUGCUGCCCUGGCCCACAACCCCAGCUCAGGACUCACCACUAUUAAUCUUGCCAACAACCCACUGGAGGACAGAGGUGUUUCCUCCCUGGGUGCUCAGUUUGCCAAACUCCGUUUGGGGCUCAAGCAUUUAAACUUUUCCAAAACCUCACUCUCACCCAAAGGGGUGAAUAGCCUUUGCCAGUCACUGAGUGCCAACCCAUCCAUCCCCAGCAGCCUAGUCCAUCUGGACCUCUCAGGGAACGUGCUCCGAGGAGACGACAUGCAGCACUUCUACCACUUCCUUGGUCAGCCCAACAGCCUGGCAACCCUCGACCUCUCCAACACUGACUGCUUACUGGACCAGGUUUGCUCAGCUCUCCUGCGCGGCUCAGUCGAACACCUCUCUGUUCUCAACGUGUCAAAGAGCAUCUUCCCUCACAGGAAAGGCAAAGAGGUGCCUCCCUCCUUUAAGCACUUCUUCAGCAGUGCCACAUCUCUCACUUCCAUCAACGUGUCAGGAACCAAGCUGGCCCCAGAGGCUCUCAAAGCCCUCCUACUUGGUUUGGCCAGCAACCCAAAUGUGAAGGAUGUCUCCCUAGACCUCAGCUGCUGUGAGCUUGGCCAUUGUCUGCGGUCUGGAGGUUCUCAGAUCCUUGAAGGUUGUAUCGCUGAGAUCCCCAAUAUCUCCAGCCUGGAUAUUUCUGAUAAUGGAUUAGACUCAGACCUGUCCACUUUGCUUAUUUGGUUAGCCAAGAACCGGUCUAUCAGACACCUCUCUCUGGGCAAGAACUUCAACAACAUCAAAUCCAAAAAUCUCGCUCCAGUGUUGGACAGCCUGGUUCACAUGAUUCAGGAGGAGGAGUCGCCCCUCACUUCUUUGUCUCUAGCAGAUUCCAGACUCAAGAGUGAUCUGACCAUCGUCCUCAAUGCUUUGGGCAGCAACUCCUCACUCACAAGGCUCGACAUCAGUGGGAACGCCAUGGGUGACAUGGGUGCCAAAAUGCUGGCCAAGGCUCUACAGAUCAACUCCAAACUCAGGACUGUGAUCUGGGAUAAGAACAACACCAGCCCUCAGGGUCUACAGGAUGUAGCAGCCGCUCUGGAAAAGAACUUCACCAUUCGUUUCAUGCCCCUCCCCAUCAUCGAUGCCUCCCAGGCUCUAAAGGCAAGCCCUGAGAAAACCGAGGAUGCCUUACUCAAGAUUGAGACUUAUUUGUACAGGAACCACGAGACCAGAAAAUAUCUACAGGAACAGGCUUAUCGGCUACAGCAGGGCAUCGUAACCACAACCACACAGCAGAUGAUUGAUAGGAUUUGUGUUAAGGUGCAGGACCACCUGAAUUCUCUGAGGAACUCAGAGACAGAUGCCAUUUUGGAGGAUGUCAGGUCAGCGGAGAGCCUCAUCAAAGAUGCCAGGAAUUCUAAAACGCUGCUUCCCAACCUCUACCACCUUGGGUCAGCAUCCAGAGAGGAGGUGAACAGUUCUUCAGUAGGUCCCAUUCAGGAGAAACUGGAGUCUAUGGCUGGGGAGGUGACCGCUGUCAUGGACCAACAGCUCCAGACGCUGUUGGAGUCCAUGAUGGAUGCAGCAGAGUCUCUGUGUCCUCAUGUGUUGAAGAGGAGUAAUCUUCGAGCAGAGCUGAUGAAGGCCAGUUCAGCCAGGAUGAUCGUACCUAAAAGCUUUGUCAGCAAAACCCUCCUGGAGCAGUCCGGGGUGGAUAUUAUCAACAAGAUCAGUGAGGUGAAACUAAGUCUAGCGUCUUUUCUGUCCGAUCGCAUUGUUGAUGAGAUUUUGGAGGCUCUUUCCUCGUCACAACACGUACUGGCUGACCAUCUGGUACGUCGAGGUCGCCCCUUGGUGCAGCAGGAGUCGGUGGAUCUGGAUGUGCCGGAGGAGAAGAUUCCGAAACGGGCAUCGACUGAGAUGCUGGAGGCUGAGAGGCUUGAGGAUUUGGAGACAUGUAUGAUGACUCCUAAAUCCAAAAGGAAGAGCAUCCACAGCAGGAUGCUGCGGCCAGUGUCUCGUGCCUUUGAGAUGGAGUUUGACCUAGACAAAGCCCUAGAGGAUGUCCCUAUCCAUGUGGAGGACACUUCGACAUCAUCUCAAACUCCAUCUACUCCAUCUAUGGUGCUGCCCAAACUGGACCAAUGUCCGACAGGCGUGAUGGUGGAGCUGCCGUCUGAGGAAGAAAAAAAGCUGCAGCACUUCACCAAACUACGCCCUCGGAGGAACAAAAAGACACAUUCCAGCAAAGUACCACAAAUCAACAGCACUCCAUCUCAAGAUGGGGAACAGAAUGGGCUCAUGGGGAGGGUGGAUGAGGGUGUAGAUGAGUUCUUCUCAAAAAAAGUCACUAAGAUGGAUUCCAAGCGUUCCCUGAAGAGUUCAGAAUCUCAAGAUGGAGAGAAGAAGAAGAAAGGAGGAUUUCUUAAUCUCAUCAAACGAUCCUCUAAAUCAGAUAAAUCAGACAAAUCCGAUAAGUCAGAGAAAAUUCAGGCUACUUCAACAUCCUCAGGUCCAUCCUCAGCCUCUGUAGCAUCUGUGCAGGCAUCCGUCAUCCCAGAGGAGCCUUCCUCACCAAAGGUGGCUGUUAAAAGUCCAGCACCCGAGCCAAAGUCAAGAGACACCUCCAGUCGCUCACAGCCCACAGACUACAGCAGCAGCUCAGACCGGUCUGAGGAGCUGAGGACACCGGACUCCAUGGACGAACCUUGGGAGGGUUCAGAUGGCAGGGGAAGUCCUCAGGGAGGCAGGCGGUAUCCUGGUGUGCAGAUGAUGGGCAGCGGUCUCCUAGCAGAGAUGAAGGCCAAGCAGGAAAGGAGAGCAUACAAGUCUUCCAGCCCUGACAGGCCUGACAGCAAUACAACAGCCAAGCCUCAACCCACCACUCCAGAAAGCAGGUCUCCCAGUGGUCCCAUUAACAAACCUGACCCUGCGUCACCAGAAAAGACCUCUCCACGCGGUGAGACUAAGCCUGAGCCAGCUCCUCGUCUCAGAGCUACAUCUUCCUCGAGUUCCCCAGGGGGACCAGCGAGUCCUAAACCACCAGUGCCACAGGGAGCAAAGCCUGCUCUGGCUGCUCGACCCGCAAUCCCGCAGAAGCCGAGGACCACGAGUAGCAGCAGGAGCAUAGAUGAGAGCUCAGAUUCCCCCAGCAGUGGCAGUGUGUCUCAUAAAGUCACAGGUCUUCCUCCAACACUGAAGAGGGUGCUAUCAGAAAAAGACAAAGAGGGAGUCUCCAGCAACAAACCCACUCAGGAAGUAAGAUCAGUGUUGGACUCUGUUCAGCGAUCCAGCGCUGUUGGCACCAACUCUGAAGAUCACGGCUCCUUCAAGACCAAGGACCAGAGUGCAAACUCAGACAAGGACAAAGCAGCGGGCAAGAAGUCAUCAGACUCUGGGGAGGAGGCGGACAAAGACUUUAUUUUGAUAUAAAUAAAACAAAUUGACAGCAAACGCCUGUUGACAAGCCUCACAUUUUCAUUUAGCAAAGUACGCCCUGCAGGACAACAUACGGAACUGUUAUUUGUUAGUUUGUACCUGCAGGUCCUGUCUGACUGCAAAGUACAGCAAUCAUGUUUUUUUUUUGCAGGAAAAAUCUGCCAUAGUAAAAGAAACAUAGCACUGUUUGAGGUUCACUUUUAAUUUGAUUACGUGUAAUAACAUUUUUGAUGGGUUUUAACACGUAGGUCGUCUAACUUAACCUAAAUACUUUACAUCGCAAAAGAGCUUCCUUCUCACACACAACCUUCUCUCCUCUCUAGAUCUGCUACUUAGAUCUUUCUUCUUGAUCCCCGCUUUCAAGUAAAAAUCUCAUGUCUCAUGGGUUGCUCAACUUCAUUCAGCCAACGCUGGAUCCUUAAUAUAAAUUUUAAGUUUUCAAACCACUAAAAAUGAUUUGACAUUUUUACAAAACAGCAGAGAGACUGUGAUAGUGAGUUUACAUCUAAAAUCUGUGACUAAUCAUCUUUAGUCUUUUUACUGUUUGUUGCCAUAGCUCAUCUCUCAAGGACCAAACACGCAAUACCACUUACACCAGGAUUGCUGUACUGUACUGUACUUGAAGUCAAACAUACAACGAGACCAGAACCCAAUGCCAUUUUUUCCCUUCAAUAUAUUUGUAUAGAUUUUUGUAUAUACUAUCUUCAGUAUGUGCAAAAGACUUUUUGCGGGCUACAGAGGUGCCUGAAUCCAUUAUGCAAUUUGUGUUUUAUUUUUUUUUUACAGGAAUAUACAGGUUUCAGCUGAUACUCUCAGCAAAGGCAGAACUCAGAUAUAUUUGAUGUACUUUGGCUUAAAGUAUGACCGAGUUAGACUCUCCACUGAAGGACUGAGGGACAGCUGUAGAUUAAUGUAAAUCAAACACACCACCUGGACUCAAGUUAUCCUCCCUGCAAGAGCUGGAGUGACCAUGUGAUGUGUUUGUGCUUUUGAGUGGACUGUGGGACACUUUAACUUUUUUGAUAAUCAGUAUGGCUUUAGCACUGUUAAAUAAUACUGUUCUCUGUACGUCAACACUGUGGAAAAAUAUGUUAUUUGCCAUUUAUGGGGCGAGGAUAUCACUAAAGUGCAAUACAGAGUUUGAUUGUAUACAUUUUGGCCAUUUUUCUUGGUCGCAAGUUUAUAACCGUUAAAUUCAUAGCUUGUGUUCCUGGAAACAAAAGACUCUGUGUUGCUCUUAAGGAGGGCUCCUCACUUCCAACAACAGAGUCAUUCAUUGAUUAAUAUUGACAUUCCUCCAAAAGAAUGGCCCAGGUUUUGACAAUAACUUUACCAGUUUGUCCUUUGUGUAAAAGCAGCAUACAGGAAGGAAAUCCAGCCUUCAGACACUCUUCUUCCUCAGUAUCUUUCAAAUUUAGUUCACUUUUACUUUCCAUAAAAAAAAAAACUCAAGGCAUUAGCUGGCAAUCAUAUUGCUUAAAUUCAAAAAGCAUGCAGUGCCUAGAGUGAAAGUGAACUGAAGGUAGCAGGAUUUUGAAAACAUGGGCCUCUGGGCUAUUUUGUACAUAUUAUUUUCAGGACCUGAAUGAGUCACAUUAACACGCAUCUCGAGCCAAUUUGUCUAAUCAUCUUCUCUCUUUUAAGAACAAGAACAGUGACCUUUUUCACUUUGAUGCAGUUUGCAAACAGAUUCUCAAAUUAAUGGUGCUUUUGAAGUCAUUAAUCAUAAAAAUGUAAAAUGUUGGUGGCAAAGGAUUUGGGGGCAGCUGAUCUUGCCAUCUGCAGUUUGUACCACAAACCAUGUCAUUUCACAAAUGUUGCAUAAACAGUUUGAUAUUCCACUCGUGCCACAUUGUGCUUCCUAUAAUCACCAGGUUUUAGUGGCCAGUAUCCUUCAGGCAGCCCACUGUGUUGCCAAUUCACAGUAUUUAACUCUUAAACAGCCACCUCUCAUUUUAUUUUGAGCUCUACAAUCACUCAGUAUGGCAUAAUUGCAGCAUCACACUCUAUGAACACAUCUGUGUGUGAGAGAUCUAAUUUUCUAUGAUACUGGCUACACCACUCAUGUAGCAGGUCAAACUGUACUCCAGUGUAAAUCCGAAAAGUGCAUUCAGCACUGGUUCUUUAUGUAGAGUGUGAAAGGGGCACUGCUUGUAUUUAUGUUACUGUAAAGGAGUCUAAUUCAAGUCAGGGCCAAGAGGUCUCACUGGUGCACCGUUUCCUACACUGUGGUGUCUUAUGAUGUCCUUUUUGGAGGGUUAGAUUUUGCUUCUUUGUCACUAAUCAUGGUUUUAGAGUAACCCCAUCUCUGCUGUAUAUAUCCUGUUCCUAAGAUCAACAGCGGCUUUGAUUUUCAAUACUCAAACAUCACUUUUUGUCUCACAGGUGUUCACGCCUAUCUAAAUAAAAAAAUUUUCAAAAAGAAAGAAAGAAAAUGCUCCUACUUUGCGAUAUCCUGCAAGGAAAUGAUCCAGACAUCUAUGGUGUUGAGAAACACUAAUGAUAUUUCCUGUGAAAAUGAGCAUCCACAUCCUUUCUGUUGGUGGACAAACAUGAAAAUAACUUGUAGCAUUAAGUUCAGACCUCAGUGUCUACAUGUGUGUGACUGCAUGAUGUGACUGUGAGUUGUAUUGUAUGUAUAUAUGUGCUUUCAUACAUGUAGGUGUGUGUAUAUAUAUGUAUGUGUAACAUAUGCACAUGUAAUAUACUUACAUAUGAUAUAGCCACACACCUAUGUGACGACAGCAAAUCCUGUAUUGUUUUGGUACUAAGUACACUUCUAAACUAGGGAUUUGUUUGUAACUUAUUUGGAAUAAAAAAAAAAAA